AUGCUGGGUAAACGGGCAGCGGAGCAGCCCCCGCCGGCAAUCCCAGCGUACGACGCUCGCGCAGCGAUGGAAAAUACGCUGAAGGCGGAACACGACUACGCGCGCUCGCCGAACACAUUCGAGGCGGCGCAAGGGGCUGCCCACGCGGAUUCCCACCAGCCCAGGGGAGGCGGCGGAUGGUGGUCCGCCUGGUUCGGGGACAACGGCCGGGGCAGCGCGGAGCACGGGCGGCACUACGGAAGGAUGGCGCAGCAAAGUCAGGCGGAAAUGCACACAAAACCAGAUGCGGCCGCGGCCGUAGCGCACCAAUCGGUGUACGCCACGAAACCUCGCGAACUUGAGUUGAGCAAUCCGCCGUCCCCGUUUUCCGUCUCCCCGCCGUCGUCUGGCGCGUGCUCUCCGCCCACCUCCGCUUCCUCCUCGUCCUCCUCCGCAUCCUCCCCCGAAUCUUCCGCCUCCGCGCAAGAAGGCGCUCCGCCAGAGCCCUGCUACUUGCACGAGGAUGGCCGGGCGGGCGGGAGCGGGGCGGAAGGCGGCGGUAGCAGCGAAGGAAUCGGAGAAGGGGAGGCGGGCGGGCGGAGUAGGCCAGACGCGGAAGCCCCUGUGGUUGGCUCGUCCAUGGGCUUCGCCAUGCGCGGAGCAGCCGGAAGCGCAGCGGGUGCGGACGGCAGAAGCGGAGGCGGAGGCGGAGGUGGAAGCGGAAGCGGAAGGGGACAGGCUUGGGGUUGGCUCGAAGGGGAAGAGGCGGAAGGGCAGGUGCAAGCGGACGUACGCGCUAUAGAGAACCAACAGCACGCGUUAAGGCAUGCCCUGGAGCGCGCGCAAAAUCGCCGCGGGGAAAGUGCUGGAGGAGGAACCGCGCAGGUUGGGGCGGAAGGCACAACUGGCGCAAGCGCGGCGGAAGCGGUAGGACCCGCGGGCCUCCCCGCGAAUCUUAUGACCGCGUGGCGAGAAGCUUGUGUCGAGUCUGAGGAGGAUAGGCUGGGCGGAGCGCAUGUAGCACGACCGCGGAGGCGAGCGGCGGCCGUCCCGCGAGCGCAGCGGGAGGGGGAGUGGGCCGUGUGGGGGAUCGGGUUCGCGGUGUUUGCGUUGGUGAACGUGCAGCUCAUCACCGGGUGCGCGCUCCUCUGGCUCUGCCUCCCCGAGGCGUGGUCCGCCACCGCGCGCGCGGCUGUCGCGGGGUGCGCCAGCGCGCUCGUGGCGGCGCAGCUCGUGGGGAACGUCGUCGUGGCGGCGUUUGCGCGCGCAGCCGUGCUGCGGGAGUUUCUCAGGCGGAAGAUGAAGGCCGCGGGAAAUGCGCAAGGGGUGGCGGUGGGGGGCCGGCGGGGCGCGGGGAGGGCGGAAGAUGGCGAGGCGGCGGAGGUCGCGGGGAGGGGAGAGGCGGUGGCGGCGUGCGGAGUGGCGUGCGCGCUGGAUGUGGAGCAGCUACUGGCGGAGCAGGGGGAAGGGGGAAACGAUGGCGGGGACAUGCAAAUGAUGAAGGGCUUCCACUCGCGGCCUCUGCUGGUGUACAAAGCGGAGCAAAGCACUCAGCCUUGUUCCGAACCCGCCAGCACCGCACCAACAAACCCCGACCCUUACUCCUCUGCUCCCUCGCCUGCUGUCACGGCUGCAGCUGCCGCUUCUGCCUCUGCUGCUGCGUCAGCAGCAGCUGCAGCAGCCGCAGCAGCGCCAACGAGCAUCAGAAACGGCAGCAGCGGCACUGCUGCAAACGGCAUAAGGGAGGAAGGGGAGGAGGCCGGUGGCAGCAACCGCGGCCGCGGCAGCGGCGGCGGGGGGGAGGUGGCGGAGGAGGCGGAGGAGGAGGAAGGGCGGGUGACGGCGGUGGACUUUGUGGUGACAGACGUGGUGUCGCGGGUGUCAGUGGUGGUGCGCGCACAGCACGCAGCGGAGAGCAGCGCCCUUGAGAUGGUGCGGCUUCCUAGUGCCAGGCGACGGGCACGCGGCGAGCCAUCCAGGCCAUUGACAGCAGUGCGAGAGGGCGAUGUGGUAACUGCAAUUGGGAGCGCCGAGCGGGAUCCAUAUACAGGCACGCUGCAAGUAGUGCCGCUGGUGUAUCCGCGUAACAUCUCCACCUUUGCGCUACUCUUCGGUUGUCUUCCUUUCUACUUCCCUGUGGUUGUUGGCCGAAAACUCAUCGUGGCGUCCCUGUGA